AUGUUCGUGCUUGAACUGGUCAAAACUGAAGCAGCAGACGAAAAGCAUGUGCACGCUCAAGGUGAUAAAGCAUCCUCAGCACUAGUACUAGAUGAAGAAAUGAUUAUUUCUGGACUUUACUGUGCGCAGGCACCAACGAAGUCCAGGGCGAC